CCUUCGCUCUCGCGAGACUAGUCCAGCUUCUCCCUUAGCGCCUAGCAGGCCGCUGCUGGAGUUCUCGCGAGUUUUGGGCAGGUUCCCACGCCUGUUGCCGCUGUUGUGUCUGAAGGGAGAACCCGGGAAUGAGGGGGUGGCGCGCUUCCCCCACUCUCUCCGCUCCGCGACCGCGUGUGUGUCUCACGGGCCCGUGCACGCGCGCACUCGGCCUGGGCUGGAGGAGGCAGCUCUCGCGAGAAUAGGAGUUUUGGCGAGAGUUUGUGGAAGAUGGCGCCUGUUGUGACAGGGGACUGAGGUUCAGUUGGCAUGCUGAUUUUUCAAGCUGAUAUCUCUUUCAAUUGCUGAGUGCCAAAAGGCGCACAGUGCUGGACAAUAGGAGACUUGUUUCAAACAAAUAGCACGUUCCCUGUUUUGAAGGACUUGCCAUCUGUGAAUGUACAAGACUAUGCCUUACAAAGAUAUGAUGGUGCAUGGUCAGUGGAAUUCAUCAUGGAACAGAAAAUUUGGUGAGCGACCUCAACCUAAACGUCUUACCAGGGAAGCUAUGCGAAAUUAUCUAAAAGAGCGAGGUGAUCAAACAGUACUAAUCCUCCAUGCGAAAGUUGCACAGAAGUCAUAUGGAAAUGAAAAAAGUGGAUGUUGUCAGUUUCUUCAGCCCCUAAGAAGGAAAGAAGACUGCUGAGUGGUUUCAUGCUUAGAACAAUGUGGGUAAUUGACAAACAUAUCUUCUGCAUUGACUGUCUCCAAGUCGACCACCAGGUUUUUUUGCCCUCCUCCAUGUGUGUACCUUAUGGGCAGUGGAUGGAAGAAAAAAAAAGAACAAAUGGAACGGGAUGGUUGCUCUGAACAAGAGUCACAACCAUGUGCUUUCAUUGGAAUAGGAAACAGUGACCAAGAAAUGCAACAACUGAACUUGGAAGGAAAGAACUAUUGCACAGCUAAAACAUUAUACAUCUCUGACUCAGACAAGCGAAAGCACUUCAUGUUAUCAGUAAAAAUGUUCUAUGGCAAUAGUGAUGACAUCGGUGUGUUCCUCAGUAAACGGAUCAAAGUCAUCUCCAAACCUUCUAAAAAGAAACAGUCACUGAAAAAUGCAGACUUAUGUAUUGCGUCAGGAACAAAAGUGGCACUGUUUAAUAGACUUCGAUCCCAAACAGUUAGCACCAGAUACUUGCACGUAGAAGGAGGUAAUUUCCAUGCCAGUUCACAACAGUGGGGAGCAUUUUACAUUCAUCUCUUGGAUGAUGAUGAAUCAGAGGGAGAGGAAUUCACAGUACGAGAUGGCUACAUUCAUUAUGGACAGACUGUCAAACUUGUGUGUUCAGUUACUGGCAUGGCACUUCCAAGACUGAUCAUUCGAAAAGUAGAUAAACAGACAGCACUACUGGAUGCAGAUGAUCCAGUAUCACAGCUCCAUAAAUGUGCAUUCUAUCUUAAAGAUACUGAACGAAUGUACCUGUGCCUUUCCCAAGAGAGAAUAAUUCAGUUUCAAGCCACUCCAUGCCCAAAAGAACCAAAUAAAGAGAUGAUUAAUGAUGGAGCUUCUUGGACAAUCAUUAGUACAGAUAAGGCAGAAUAUACAUUUUAUGAGGGGAUGGGACCAGUCCAUGCUCCAGUAACACCUGUGCCUGUUGUAGAAAGUCUUCAAUUAAAUGGCGGUGGAGAUGUAGCAAUGCUGGAACUUACAGGUCAGAAUUUCACUCCUAACUUGCGUGUCUGGUUUGGGGACGUGGAGGCUGAAACCAUGUACAGAUGUGCAGAAAGUAUGCUGUGUGUUGUUCCAGACAUUUCUGCAUUCCGAGAGGGCUGGAGGUGGGUCCGUCAGCCAGUCCAGGUUCCAGUAACUUUGGUCCGUAACGAUGGCAUAAUCUACUCCACUAGCCUUACUUUUACAUAUACACCGGAGCCAGGCCCACGACCACAUUGCAGUGCUGCUGGAGCAAUUCUCAGAGCCAACUCAAGUCUCAUGGCUUCCAGUGAAACAAAUACAAACAGCGAGGGAAGUUACACAAAUGUCAGCACAAAUCCAACCAAUGUCACAUCAUCUACAGCAACAGUAGUUUCCUAACUACAGUGUUUGCUUGGACUUCAACAGACUUUCAAGUGCUACAGACAAGAAAACUGAACAAUUUUGUGGUUUCAUGGGAAAACACCUUUCCAUUCUAAGUGACAUUAUUUGAACCUUGUUACCUGCAAGUGCUGAUCUUAAAAAAAGAAGCCACAAUAAAAAAAAAUCCGAAAUGUAAAAACUUUAUUAAAAUCUAUUUUUCAGCAUUUUUUUUUUAAACGGGCAAGAAAUUGAAAUGUGGCUGGAAUACAAGUUAAGCAAACUAGAAAACGUGAACAUGACAUAGUUUUUACGGACCAAGGAACUUGUAUAAGCUUUAGUAUAAAAGGUACAUUUUCACCAUACCUUUUUUGUAUCACAACAUAUAGUACACUUUUGUUACCAAAUAGUUUAUAUUUUUUUUCCUCUGAGCUUUUGCUCUGAAGUAUAUUCAGGUUCCAAGCCUGACCAUGCUUGUAUAAUCUAAUUACCAUACUCUUCCAGUUUUAAAAUAUAUAUAUAUAUAUUUUUGGUCUGUGGCUGGAACUGUUCCUUUUUUUAAACUGAAGUCUUGUGACUUUUUAUGAACUGAAAUUGUUUUUAUUUCAGCAAGUAGAACCUUGUAAAGGCCAGCAUAUUUUUUUUAAGAUUAUAUGAAGUCUGUGCGAAAGCUUUAAAAUAAAAUGCCUCUGCCUUGCCUGCAAUACAUGCAAUGUAUGUUAACGUUAAUGCUCUGUUUUCAGUCAUUGUUAAUAGUUAUUUCUAUGUUUUCCUUUUUAAAAAAUAUGUAUUUAUAGUGAUAAUUCAUGAGGGUCUAACAUUACGAGUUCAAAAUAUGUGACAUCUCCAGCAGUCAUGUUUAUGAUUGGUCAUGUCGCAAGAAUACAUUGAUGUUUUGAAAGGUGACUUUUGCCCCGUUCCCUCCUUAAAGUCAGAAAUGCAUCAUAAAGUGUUUGAGGAUCCAUUCAGGUUUUUUCUAAUCUUGUACAUAAUUUGUAUGAUGUGUAAGUUAAACAUUUUAUUUCACAAGUGGGAUGUUCCCAGUGACUUAAUUUGGCAGCAUGUCUUCUGUCUUGUUGGCAUGUGACAAAAGUAUCCUGAGAAGUAUUUGCUACAAAUGGGAUUGGUAGGUGAUGCCCUUCAUCCUUAAACAAGGAGAGAAAUUGCAAAAAGCAUGGUUUUUCUACCUGCUGUUCAGUACGUUAGGCCAAAUGUUGGUGAAAUCCUUGUGUUGAGACGUGCUUUCAUUGUGAAGUGAUCAUUCCAUAAUAGAUAGAAAUAAAUUUUAGUACUUAGAAAUAGACAAUUACAAGAUUACAAAAGCAGUAUAGUGAAGUCAACUCCUGUCUCCAUUUCCAGGGGGUUUUCUCUU